AGGGAUGGACACUCUGAGGAGAAGCUUCUCCCGCUGGAAGAGGUACCACAUCAAGGUCCACCUGGGGGAGGACGACGUGCUGCUGCCCCUGACGGUGCGGCCCACUGACAACAUGAUGGACCUGCGGGCUUAUCUGGUGAAAGAGGGCGUCACCUCAUGGAAAAAGACUUUUUAUUACAAUGCCCGGCAGCUCGGGGAACACGAGACGGUGAAGGAUGCCAAAAUCCAGAACGGGUCGGUUCUCCUACUUGUCAAUGAUGAAAGAUAAUUCUCUCCGGAGCGGAGCCAAGGAAGGAUGUGAGAAAUGAAGAGAGGUGAUGAAGGCUGAAGGGAAGCAGAUGGGGAGGUUGGCAGCUCCGGCUUCACUCGGUGCCUAUUUCUCGGCGUGCUCCUUGCCACGUGCCAGCUUGGGCAGACAGACGUGGGCACUGAGGACCUUUUCCGCCAUAUUUUGAAGCAGCUGGGAUCUGUGAGGAGAGCGAAAGGAAGCAGAGAUCUCGUUGUUUUGAGUCCUGAGGCCAUGGAAUUCCAAAGGAGCUGUUCACAGGAGAUUUCGGACUGUCCCAUCAUCGAUAGCAGCAGGACAGCGCCAAGAGGGAGCUUUCAGUGUUCCAAAGCACAUUAUCUUGGUGUGAUCCACAAAACACCCCUGUAAGGUGAUGCUUUCCUUAGGAGUUUGAGGAGCUGCCCGGUAGGGUGCCAUCCUUCAGAAGGAAGAUUUUGUCUUUCUUGCAAGAAACAAAAAUCUCCAAUCCCCCAACGCUCUUAAGAAACAUUCAAAGGGCGAGGAGCAGGAGAGGCAGCUGCAGCGUGCAGGCUUCGGGCCUGCAAUCCGUGCCAGCUUCGUCAUGCAAAUUGGUGUUUUGACUGCGAGAGAUUCUCCAAAGGUCCGGUCCCUGCUGCUGCUGCGGUGUCUCUCCAACUGGCUACCUUGAUAAUAUCUACUCCUUGUGGUCACACCCUCUGUCUCUGUUGUGUGUGUGUGUGUGUGUGUGUGUGUGUGUGUGUGUGUGUGUGUGUGUGUGUGUGAAACCGCCUUCUUGCUCAAAGAUAAAAACAGGUCCAGGCAGGACGGUUUUGCCCAGCUGCCUGCUCAAAAAGAGGGAUUUCAGGCUACUGGGGUGUGAGAAGGGCGGGGUGGAGGGUUUCGGUCACAGCCAGUUUCGUUAGUGUUGUA